AUGGCUUCAGAGUCUCCCCGAAAUGAUAUGGCACCACCUCAACCGGAGUCCACGGAGCAGGAUGAAGCCCCAGCUGCUGAUACGGCGAAGAGGAAGGCGGAACAGAUCAACGGAACGCAUACUCGCACCAAGCGGAAUCGCUACAUCUCAAUCGCAUGUAAUGAAUGCAAACGACGCAAGAUUAAGUGCAAUGGCCAGGUACCUUGCCAACGCUGUGGGCACCUUAAUCUCGAAUGCCGAUAUGCCCCGAACUGCUGCAACAAUAAUUUUAAGGAUUCCGAGGAGUUUCGGUUAAUGAAAGAUCAGAUCAGAACUUUGCAGGAUCAAGUCAAUAGUCUCUUUUCCAACCUCAAGGAUCUUCGGUCUCAGAGAUCGUCUCUAGACUCCCCGGGGCUCGAAGGCUUCUCCCGAGAUGGCUCACAAUCAGUAUUCACGCCAAUGCAUGCACAGUUGGCUAAACCUCGCAUAAGACAUCCUCGCUUUCAAGGGCCUACCAGUUCCGCUUUCAGCUUUGAUGUCGCGCGUUCUAGCCUGCAAACCAUGGGCAUCACUCCUGCUGAGGAGAUGAUAACAGAUGAUCUCACCACAGCACAUGCCACCCCUGCCGGAUCCCCGCCUCAUGUGGCUCAACUUGUUCCCACAAUACAUCCAACCAAAGAUCCGAUAUGGGUAAUCAAACGGGAUGAGGCUUUGCGACUCUGCCAAGUCUACGAGGAAGAAGUCGGAAUCAUGUACCCACUCAUAGAUAUCGCACACGUAGCGCAGCAAGUCAACUUGCUCUACACAUUUAUGGAAGCUGCGACACGCACUGGCUUCACGCAGAGAGGGCUUUCUGGUUCAGAUGGUCUCCAUGACGAUAGCACGCUUCUUCUGAAGAUGAUUCUCGCCAUUACUCUGGUCAUAGAGGGAGGCGGCCAGAGCGAGCUUGGACGGCGUCUAUAUCUAAGUGUCAAGCCGGUUGCUGAGGCUAAAAUAUGGGACUCGUUGGAUAUCAGAACUAUUCAACUAUAUGGUUUGAUAGCAACCUAUCAUUUCCAUUCAGACGAUGACGCCAUGGCAUACCGCAUUAUUGGUCUGGCAGCACGCAUGUGUCUCGAAAUGGGUCUACACCGACGAGAUGCGCUGGCAAAAUCAUUUCCCAACGAGGGCCAGUGGCCUUCCAUUGUUAAGACGUUCUGGUCGAUAUAUUGUCUAGACCGACGUUGGAGCUUUGGUACAGGAUUGCCCUUCAUAAUCCAGGAUGAAGACAUUGAUGCCAACCUACCCGAGCCGGAUGUUUCUCUGCUGUAUUUAAGAUGCAUGAUAUCUUACAACCGUAUCAGCUCGAAAAUAUGGUAUUCUGGGCUUGGUUCGGAAGGAGCAACUGAUAUACGACGGGAUGAGAUCGGCUAUUUGGACUAUCAGAUUCUCCAAUGGUAUAAGCAGGUCCCAGAUGGGCUAAAGUUCUACCCAGUCGAAACUCCGAAACAUAAUCAUGGAGAAUCAACCAGUCGAGGUCUUCGAAGAUUGAGGAUACUCUUGUAUCUACGCAUGAAUCAGCUUCGGAUCCUCAUUUACCGGCCAGUACUGCAUUCCGCGGCGAGCAUUGCUGAAGACAAAGGCCACGCGCAGACUGUGGUAGAUGUCGCCAAAGACACGAUCCGAGUACUCACCCGACUGAACGGGACUUCUGAUAUCUAUCGUACGCAGCAGAUCACUUUCAAUUAUUUCCUAGUCGCCGCCUUAGCGGUCCUCUUCCUUGCCGUAUGCCAUGCACCCAAUGACUUCAACCGACAAGUGCGGGACGAAUUCUACAUGGCUCUCGAACUCGUCAGUGGGUUCAGCACCAAAUCCUAUGUAUCUAAGCGACUGUGGAAAACCAUCAAAGGUCUCCGCAAGAUAGGGGAACGAUUGGGGGUCAUUGUACGGCCAUUUGGAACCGACUCCAACGAUCCUCAUUCUUCAGCGGCGGUUGCGAUGGCCGGAUUGGCCGGUCACCCAAUCGAAGACCUUUCGGUGUAUGGCCCGGUGAAUGGUGUCGGGGAGCUAGGUAACAGCCCGUUAAACGGACUGCAGAUGAGCCAUGAACUCACAAAUCUUUUCGAGGCGGUUGGGGGUUUUGGCAACUUCAUUACUUCCGCGGGCCCUUCUGAAGGGCUCAAUGGCUUCAUGGGGCAGGAUGGAGAAAUCCAAAAUACGGGGGAAGGUUUAUCGGGCGUCCUUGGAGAUGAAGGCGAAUGGUCACGAGUCAUACGAGGUCUAUUUUAGAGGACUCGAGGUGUAUUUAGCAUAUGGCGAUUGACCGUCUUGGAACCCGCCCAAGUUGUAAAUAAGGUCUCUUCCUUUCGCCAUUGGUAGACGCAAACCCC